GCGAUAUCCCGAAGCGUCUGUGAUUAAAGGAGGCGCUCGUAUUAGACGUGUUUUGUGCGUUGUUCAACCAGCCUCGUUCUUGUGGCGCCGACGUCGGCACUGUAUUGGUUUCGCCCUUAUAAUAGAAAGCUACGGGGCAAUCGCCUGAGCUUCAGCGUCUUCAUCCACACCAACGUACAUACUUCAUACAACAUACCAAACCUUAUACUGUACAUGACAUACAUAUCCAGCAACGCAAAUUCACCACAAUGUGUAUCGUGCUAUUCACAACCGCACAUCCCGGCUACUCGCUCAUUCUCAUUGACAAUCGCGAUGAGUUCAUCCUAAGGCCUACGUCACGGCCGCACUGGUGGACACACCCUGAGACAGGCGGCGAGGUUCUUUCAUCGCGAGACCUCCAGAGGGCGGCAAAAGGCACUUGGCUAGGCAUAACAAAGACCGGCAGCCUGGCUGUGCUGACCAACUACCGGGAACUGGUGGACGAUGAUGCUGAGCACCCAAUACAUGGCAUCAAAAGCCGGGGUCGCAUGGUCAAUAUGUGGCUCGGAGGACUCCCGGAUGGAGGAGUCAAGAAGGGCGUGGACGAGCUUGUCAAAGAUGGCGGUGUCAAGGGUGUAGGAGGCUUUUCUAUGGUGUGCGGCAAGCUGAGGCGCAACAAUGAAGGCAUCGCCAUCGUGAGCAACAGAGCUGAUGAUGUGAGCGACGUUCCGAUAGUCGGAUUGGCACCAGAUGGCGUCUGGGGCCUCAGCAACACGGUCUACAACGACCCCAACGAGUGGCCCAAGGUGACUACAGGGAAACGCCUCCUGAAGGAAGUGGUUCAAGACGCUGCAGCAAAGAACGCCUCCGAAGACGACCUUGUCGCAGGUCUGUUUUCAAUUCUCGACACAGAGUCCAUGCCCAAGCGGCCUGCGGGGUCAAGCUUACAAGAGUACAUGAACCUGAUGAGGCAUACCAUCUUCGUGCCGCCAAUCGGCGACGACGUCCACCGUGAGGAGAUGCAAAAGGCCACUGCAAAGGGGCGUGUCUUGUGGGCGCAUCUGAAGAACGACCUGAAGGCUAUCGAAGAGCUCAAGGCGGAAUCAAGGCCGGAUGUCACACCGAGCGCGAGCCCGCACCCGUCCAUUGGCUUCGAGGAGGGCAUGUAUGGAACACAGAGGCAGACGGUGCUAUUGGUCGACAAUGAGGGCAACGCAACUUAUAUCGAACGUGCUCUUUGGGACUCCAAUGGGAAUGAGAUUCCUCGAGGGGAAGGGGACGUUGCUUUUCGCUUCAAGAUCGACGGCUGGGAGGAAUAGCCAUCAGCCGAUUUCUCUUUGUCCAAGGAAAUAACGGAUAAUGGAUAGAUCUUGCGAAAUACACCGACAAAAAUAGUGAUCCGGGACUGAGAGCCAAGGAAGUCGGCACAAGCGGUGGCAAUAGACCGAGGAAGUUGGCCAGCAAUAGAACGGCUUCAAUGCAUAGGGCAGAGGGAGAGAUGGGGCAUCUGGGGGUCUAUGAUACCUUCAUGUUAUUGAUACUGAGGUACUCAAUUAAAAUAAACUUCAAGUUAUAAAGCGCCAGAUAAGUUGAUGCCUCACGGAAUAACUGCGCGGCCGGGAGUUUCUGCCAGUGGGAAGGUGGACUCUGCCUGGCAGCUGCCCGAGGUGCCUGCAUCUGUCAGCCGUCAGUUGUUCUACUAUUUUUUCUUCUUUCUUCUUUUUUCUUCAUCGCUUCCAAUCACGCGUCCCUUUGUCCAUAAAUACGACACGUGCUGGACAAAUACGCGUCCUUGAUGGCCUUUUCUGCCCUUCCCUUUG